AUGCAUUUCACUGCUGUUGCCCUCGCUGCCCUUGCUGGGUUUGCUCCUCUCAUCGAGGCCCACUACACCUUCACGCAGCUUUUGGUCAACGGCGCGGCUGUCGGCAGAGACUGGCAGUACAUCCGCCAACACACCAGAGGCUACAUGCCUACCAAGUAUGGAGAAAUUCUUGAGAACGACUUCCGCUGCAAUACUGGUGCCGAGUCGGGUGCCAACACUGAGGUUUACACCGUUAAGCCCGGCGACAAGAUCGGAAUGAAGCAAGGCUUCGGUGCAAAUGGAAUUGAGGUCCAGCAAGACCUGCUCUGCAAGUCGGGCAAUGCUCAGGCCCUAAAGAAUGAUGCAUGGUGCAUCUGGAAGAAAAACAACAUCGAGUUCACUGUUCCCAGCAACAUUGUAANNCCCGAUGGCGAGUACCUCGUCCGCAGCGAACACAUUGCCAUCCACGGUGCCCACGACAAGCAAGCCGAGUUCUACUACUCCUGCGCUCAGAUCAAGGUCCAAGGAGGCAGCGGAAACUCUGUCCCUGAAAGCGUCAAGAUCCCUGGUGUCUACCAGAUCAACGACAAGGCUAUCAACUUCAGCGUCUGGGGCUCUGCUACCACUUACCCUGACCUGCCUGGCCCCGCUGUUGCUGCUGGCGGUCACACCACUGGUCCUAUCGAUGGCACAACUACUGGUACUACCGUUACUGGUGGUGCUGCUGCUCAAGGUGAUUCUCCUGUUGUACAGCGCGAUUCGUCUGCUAUUCAGAGCGAUUCUUCUGCCGUUCAAGGCGAUUCUUCUGCCGUCCAGAGCGAUUCUCCUGCCGUGCAGAGCGAUUCUCCUGCCCUCCAGGGUGGCUCUCCUGCUGUCAGAGCUGGUGCUGCGGUCAAUGCUGGAGCCAAUGCUGGAGCCAACGGUCAGGUCAACGGUCAGGCCAAUGGCGGUCAAUGGUGGAAGGGUCAAUGGUCAGGCCAC